GUCAAAUGUCUCGUUGUUUACAAAAAAUAAAAACCAAAUCAAGAAAACCAAUUUAAUUUUUUUUUGCAAAAUACUCUUACCGCAUCCUUUUUUAAAAUAAGUAAAUAAUAAAAAUGUUUUCAGCAGCCCAGGACGAUGACAUGGUUGAGUGUCCCUACAACAAAUAUCAUCAAAUGCUUAGAAAACGUCUAAUUCCCCAUCUCAUCAAAUGUCGCCUCAGCUAUCCAGAUGCUGAACUAAUCAAGUGUCCUUUCAAUGCUAGUCAUUUGAUUCCCGAGCCUGAGUUCACGCACCACGUAGCUAAUUGCAAAGAUAAAGCUAUAAUCCAUCAAUACAAAUACAAUACGCUUCCAGUUAAAAUCGACGAAGCAGACCGCCAGCAGGUCGAAAUCGAUUGUGACGAAAACUGGGAUGACACCGAAGCUGUUGACUAUGAUCCGAAGAAGUACGUUAGCCAAGCAAAUGUCAUCCGGACACACAUCGGAGAUUUGCCUUCGGUUCGAAAGGAAUUCCGAAAAAGUGAACGAAAACGUUUGGGUGAUGAAGAUUCAUCCGACGAUGAUGAAGCCUUAAAAACCUUCGGUAAGAGAAUCUAUAAAGACAUGGAUAGCAAAGAGAAAGAAGAAAUUAAAGAGAAAAACUGGUUUGAAGAUCGUGGAGCAUCUUCAAGUUCAAAAAGCGGUUCUCAACGAAAAGAUAGCUUUCAGGAAUCUUUAAAGGAAUUCGCUAAAGAAAGAAGUCGUGAUGAAGAUUCUCAAAAAACGAUAAUAAAAAAAGAAUCCAACGACAGUGACGAAGAUGAUUCAAAGAGAAGGCGAAGGGAUGAUUCCCCUGAGAAAAGUCGAAGAGUAGACGAAUCCAGGAGGAGGCGAAGCGAUGAUUCUCCCAAAAGAAGUCGCAGAGAAGAGGACUCCAGAUGGAAUCGAAGGGAUGAUUCUCCCAAAAGGAGUCACAGAGAAGAUGAUUUUAGAACGAGGCGAAGGGAUGAUUAUCCCGAGAGGAGACACAGACAAGAUGAUUCUAGGAAAAGGCGCUGUGAGGAGUAUCCUUUGGAUGAUGAUCCUUAUUACAGAAGUCGUAGUAGUAAUAAACCACGAUUUGUUGGAAUGUCUCGAGGAGCACGAAGAGGUCAUGACUAUAGAAAAUAGAUUGAUACAAAAUUGAUUUGUUAGAUUUAAGUUAAAGACGUUUUUGAGAAAUUUUUAGCAUGUUCUAAGCCUAAAUUACACUUUUUAGGGUUUCAAAAAUAAUAAAUUCAAUAUGUAAUUCAUU